AUGUUAAUGAUAAAGCAGAACCCUGAGCAAGCCAAGAAGGUGGCCUCCCAGCGGCUGUUGCAGGUGACCUUUCCAGCCACCAGUGCCUCCCAGGUCCGGGCAGUGGGGUUAUUCCUGCUCAACCGGGGAGUCCUGGACCCGCUGAUAACGAGUGUCAAGCUGCUGCUGUCAGGCGGAGGAUCUGGCAGCACAGCUACAGUAGUCGUGCCUAUCUUUGAGGCCUCCAAGGACACCUCUCCAACGUACACCUGCCCCGGCAUGACUAACUUCACAGUCAGCUCCUCGGUAGCAGCCUCACGUGCGGGGCUGAGCUCCCCGGACUUCCUCAGCCGAUCAGUGCUGGGGGUCUGGCUGGAGUUCAACAUCGGAUUAGCCACCAUUGUUGGCAACUAA